AUGGCAGACCAGUGUACCCUGCGUCUGAUGCGUGAGUUGAAUGCGCUCGAGAAAAGCGACCAACUGGCCAUGACCGUGCACUACAAAGAAGGCAAUGUACGUGAGAUCAGCGCCUUGAUUCUGGGCCCUCCGGGCACGCCCUAUGCCCUCGGCUUCUAUGAGUUCGCCUUCUCUGUUCCCGGGAACUACCCUGCAAGUGCACCCACGGUGCUUAUUCGGACCACAAACCAGGGCAGGACUCGCUUUGGCCCAAAUCUCUAUGCCAGCGGCAAAGUCUGCCUUUCGAUUAUAGGAACCUGGCACGGAUCUCGUGGCGAAGAGUGGUCGCCUGCUCAGGGACUAGAAUCGGUGCUGCUGUCGAUCCAAAGCCUGCUGUCCGCCACACCUUAUUUUAAUGAACCGGGAUAUGAGAAUCAUAAUAAGGAGAGCGAUCAGGAAAACAUCGAGCUUUACAAUUCCAAGAUCCGGCACGAGAAUCUAAGACUGGCGGUAAUCAGGCCACUGGAAGAAGCUCUUGGUUUGGUACCUCCGGAAACCCGAGCCGUGAAUCGGCCCAGGCCCAACCGUCCACCGGCGAACGACCUUGACGAAGGUCAGCAAGUUCACCAAGAGGAAAUGUCAAAGACUGGUGCCUUUGAUGAUUACCGCAAGCAGCGAUUCUUGUGGUACCUAGAGUUGUACAAGCAGGCGGUUCAGGAAGGCCUUCAGAAAGAAGUCUCCAGACAGGGAACCAAUUUCCCAUCCUUGCCCUUCGAAUUCGGAAGCAAUGCGAUGAGGGGUGAGUGGAACUACCCCGAUCUCGAACAGCGAAUGAAUGUGCUCGAAGCCAAGAUCAUGGAGGAGACUCAUCAGUGGCCAAUGGAAGGCAUGAAACUUGCUGAAAAGGAUGCUGGAAUUGCCGUGAACUUGCAUGGCCAGCAUGAACAGACCGUGGCAGGACUCAGGCGCCGCGGCGACGCCAUGAUGGACCUGACCCUGGUGGACAAUAACCCAUUCUUGUGGAAACUCGUUUACUUCGGCCGUCCCAUGACCCAGUACGAUGGAGGUGUCCUCAUCAUCAAAAUCUACAUCAGUCCUCGCCAUCCACUCGAGCAGCCACGAGUGUUUGUCGAAACACCUCUCUUUCACGUGCGUUUAUCCACCAAGAAGGUGUUGAUCUACCUCCCUGCACGAGCCGAAGAGAUGAGUCGUCACGUCGAAGGCAUCAUCGCCUCGCUCGAAGAUGAAUCCCCGCCUUACAAUCCGCUCAUGACAGUUAACCCAGAAGCGACCAAGCUUUUCUGGGGUUCUAGGGAUCAGCAGCGGCAGUACCACCGCAAGCUUCGUCGGUCGGUUGAAGAGAGCAUUGAGUAA